GUUGCCGCUGGCUUGGGGUUCAGGUGCAGUGGCCCUUCCACUUGCUUCCUCGUUACUUUACCAAGUCCUGCGUUGGCUUCUGGAGCCGAAUGGCAGAAACACUGUCCGUCGAGGCCGAGGCCGCGGCCGCGGGCAGGCUCAGGACUCCCGCUGAACAAAACCGAGCCGCUGGUGAGGACGCUAGGGGCGACCCGCUCCCGGGGCAGGAGGCGCCGGCCGUGGUGCCGGCUCCGGGGAACGGGGAGCAGACCCCGGAGGGCGGAGAACAGGCCUCGGCUGCAGCCCUGGGCCCCGGCAAGCGGAAGAAGCGUCGGGGCGCCGCCGGGGAGCGCGUGGUGCCGCCCCCGAAGAAGCGGCGGACGGGGGUGAGCUUCAGCGACGAGCACUUCGCAGAGACCAGCUACUACUUGGAGGGCGGUCUGCGCAAGGUGCAGCCCUAUUACUUUGAUUUCCGGACCUACUGCAAAGGCCGUUGGGUGGGCCGCAGUUUGCGGCACGUCUUCAGCACCGAGUUCCGAGCCCAGCCCCUGGCUUACUACGAGGCAGCGCUCCGGGCGGGCCGCCUGCACCUCAACGAGGAGCCAGUCCGGGACCUCAGCAUCGUGCUCAAGGACAAUGAUUUCUUGCGGAACACAGUACACAGGCAUGAGCCACCUGUCACAGCAGAGCCCAUUCGCCUACUGGCUGAGAAUGAAGAAAUGGUGGUGGUAGACAAGCCUUCUUCCAUCCCUGUUCAUCCCUGCGGCCGCUUCCGGCACAACACGGUCAUCUUCAUCCUAGGCAAGGAGCACCAACUCAAGGAGCUCCACCCGUUGCACCGGCUUGACCGCCUCACAUCAGGGGUGCUCAUGUUUGCCAAGACAGCCGCUGUUUCUGAGAGAAUUCACGAGCAGGUUCGGGAUCGGCAGCUGGAGAAGGAGUAUGUGUGUCGAGUAGAAGGGGAGUUUCCUGCCGAGGAAGUGACCUGCAAGGAGCCCAUCUUAGUGGUGUCUUACAAAGUCGGAGUGUGCCGCGUGGACCCCCAGGGCAAGCCCUGUGAGACAGUGUUCCAGAGGCUAAGCUACAACGGUCACUCCAGCGUGGUCCGCUGCCGGCCACUCACAGGCCGCACCCACCAGAUUCGAGUUCAUCUCCAGUUCCUGGGCCACCCCAUUCUCAAUGACCCCAUCUACAACUCAGAUAUCUGGGGUCCCUCUCGGGGCCGUGGUGGCCACAUCCCCAAGACAGAUGAGGAACUGCUGCGGGACCUGGUGGCAGAGCAUCAGGCAAAACAGAGCCUGGAUGUGCUGGAUCUCUGUGAGAGUGACCUGCCCACAGCACUCACGGCCUCCUCAGAGUUGGGCAAGGAAAGCAUGCAGAAGUUGGCUACGGCUGCCCCGAAGACAGACCAAGUAGUCGUGGCAGCCCCUCAGGAUCCAGAGCCAAGGGUCUGGACACCUGAGGAGGUACCUGCAACAAAUGGUGCAGAUCAGGUGCCAGACCCACUGUGUGCCGAGUGCCGGUUGCGGCACCAGGAUCCCUCACCCCGGGAGCUGGUCAUGUUCCUGCACGCCUUGCGUUACAAAGGGCCAGGCUUUGAGUACUCUUCCCCCAUGCCAGCCUGGGCACAGGAUGAUUGGCAAGAAGACUGAGGGCUGAGCCAUGGAGGGGUUGCUUCUUGGGUUGGGUCAGGUGGGCCUCAGGGCUGGAGCUGGCCCUGUGGGCAGGCACUGUGGAGGAACGGGGUUGGGUUCUGCAGGAAUCGGCUCAUCACUUGCUACCUCUUCCUGUCCCUCCAGCUAGAAUUUGGGGACUUCCUGGUUUUUAAAUAUAUAUCCCCUUUUCUAAUACCUGGUUUGAUUUUUUUUUUUUCUUUUACCUGCUUGCUUCUACUGAGGUAAAUUUCACAUAACAUGAAGUUUA